AAUGUAUGGUUAAAUCAGAAGAGCUUCAGGAAGCUAGUGGCGGAUACAUGGAAAGAUAAUGUAAUUGUAGGAUGGAAGGGAUACCAAUUGAAAGAGAAAUUGAAGAUGGUGAAAGCUAAAGCAAAGGAAUGGAGCAAGAAGGAAAUGUCCCACAUUGAUGUGAAGAUUCAAAAGAGCAAGGAGGCAAUUGCAAACUUGGAUUUGAAAGCAAAAACAAAGGCACUUACUAACCAAGAAAUUGUAGAAACGAAGGGUAUAACGCAGGAGCUAUGGGAAAAUGUGAAAAUCAAAGAAGGCAUGCUCAAGCAAAAGGCAAGGAAAGAGUGGUUAGAAGAUAGCAAUGCACAUACAAAAAUUUUCCAUCGAAGCAUCCAAAGUAGACACCAAAAAAUGGAAAUCAACACUAUCUCAGUUGAGCAAGAUACAGCACUAAUCAGGCCAUUCAACGAAGGAGAAGUAAAGGCAGCGAUGUGGGAAUGCAGUAGUGACAAAUCUCUAGGUCCCAAACAGGUGAUAAGUGAGCAACAGAUGGCAUCCCUAGAGGGAAGACAGCUAACUGAAGGGGUGGUACUCACUAACAAGAUUUUCGAUGAAGAUAGGAAGAAAAGAAAGGACAGUUUCUUGCUGAAGGUUGAUUUCAAGAAAGCAUAUGAUAAGGUCUACUGGAAGUUUCUAGACUACAUGCUGUGGAGACUCGAUUUUGGAACCAAAUGGAGAGGCUGGAUCAACGAAUGCCUCAAUGGAAUAAUUAAGUCAACAGUUGAAAAAGGGUUAUUUGAAGGAAUUGAGGUUGGACAAAAUGGUGUGAGAUUCUCUCAUAUGCAAUUUGCAAACGAUACUAUCAUGUUUGGGAAAGCUACUGAACAAAAUGUAUGGGCUACUAAAUGUAUUAUGAGGCAAAGACAACAAGCUGAACCAAAUGAGAAGCUAGGAAAAAGGAUUAUGGAAGUGGAAUCUCCAAUGGAGAUGAGAGCUUCACACAUGGGAAAAAGACAAGGCGAAGGAAUUGGACAACAUUCUACAGAACACAAUGUUGUAGCAAGAAGAAAGAGACUUAUGGAGGUGGAAAUUCAAUUCUAGCGAAACAUAUUCCUGAAGCUUAGGAUAUCACCUACUAGCCUAGUGGCUAGUCUUCUUUGGAGAAGGUGCGAAGACACCAAAAUCUUAGGUUCAAUAUACAGGUACAACCAUUACCUAUUUUCAAAAAAAAUAUACAGGUACAACAUCCCCUACACCUGAAAAGAAAUGACAUGGUACUCUCCUAUUUCGAAUCCUGGUUAAUUAAGCCAGUGAAUGAAUAUAGAAUGGUCUUGUAAUCUCCAAUAUAUCCCAUUAGUUCCCAAUGAGCAAUGACCUUACCUAAUACAUUAUAUACAUGCUG